CAAUGCCCUUCUCAAAAUGGCCGAAGUCAAGCUAAGCAAGAAGAGAUGACCUUCUCAACAUGGCGGCUAACGUGGGAUGUGGCCUAUAUCCUCAACAUGGCGGCUGCUGUUGACCGGAGUACCAGAAAUCUCCUCCUCAACAUGGUGUCUGGGGAGCGACUGUGCAGUCUCCACGGGACCGGCAGCUGCCGGCCAGGCCCAGCUGCGGCCGGGUAUGUUUACUUUAUAUACACAGCAGAGAAAUGGAUUCAAAAGAGUGCCACAAAAGACUGAACCUCGAAAACCAGACCAAGAAACUGGCUCCAAACCAUACAAAAGCAGUCUGUCUCCUCCAAUACAAGAAACAGUCUUUUAUACUUCUUCCCCUUCGCUGAAGCGUCUUGUGAAGCCGUUCUUUUUUACAAUUGGGUUUACAGGCUGUGCAUUUGGAUCAGCUGCUAUUUGGCAGUAUGAAUACCUAAAAUCCCGGGUCCAGAGCUAUUUUGACGAGGCUCGAGCAGAUUGGAUGGAUAAGUUACGACCUCAGAAAAAUGGGGACUUCAGAAAGCAGGUUAACAAGUGGUGGAAUAGCCUGAGUGAGGGUCAGCGGACUGUGACAGGUAUCAUAGCUGCAAAUGUCUUUGUGUUCUGUUUAUGGAGAAUCCCUUCUAUGCAGCGGACAAUGAUUACUUACUUCACAUCUAAUCCAGCCUCUAGAGUCCUUUGCUCUCCCAUGCUGCUCUCUACAUUUAGUCAUUUCUCUUUGUUCCACAUGGCUGCAAAUAUGUAUGUGUUGUGGAGUUUUUCUUCAAGUAUAGUGUCUCUUUUGGGACGUGAGCAGUUCAUGGCAGUGUACCUUUCUGCAGGUGUUAUCUCCACAUUUGUCAGUUAUGUCAGUAAAGUAACUACUGGAAGAUUUGGACCAUCACUUGGAGCUUCAGGAGCUAUAAUGACUAUCCUUGCAGCAGUAUGUACGAAGAUGCCAGAAGCAAAACUAGCCAUCAUCCUUCUUCCGAUGUUCACAUUUACAGCAGGAAAUGCUUUAAAAGCCAUUAUUGCAAUGGACACCGCAGGACUUGUUCUGGGUUGGAAAUUUUUUGACCAUGCAGCGCAUCUUGGGGGAGCUCUAUUUGGAAUUUGGUAUGUAACUUAUGGUCAUGAACUCAUAUGGAAGAACAGAGAACCGCUGGUGAAGGCUUGGCAUGAAAUGAGGUCUAAGAGCCGAGGAAAAGGAGGUGGAGGAUCUCACUGAUUCUAAUUUUGCAGCCUGCUUGUGCAGAAGACAGUGUGCUACUUGAAGACAUGGAAGUGAAUUGGUUCUGGAAUUUUUUUUGCAACUCCACAGAAAACCACUUAGGAUGUGUAGUUUCUAACGUAAACUACACUUGCAAAUAAAUGCAGUUCAGUAGAGAAUGAACUGACAAAGUUGAAAAAAUAAAGUUUAUAUCUGAUUGGUUUAUGAAGUAAACGUGUGCAUCACAUUUUUAAAAAUUAUUUGACAAGAAGAAACAUUUUCACUUAAGUGGCUGGAAGCUGAAACCGAGCACAUUCAAAUAAUAAAUGUAAGCACAUAUUUUUUUUAAGUGUUGAUGAUUAACUAUUGAAACAAACUACCAAGGGAAGGUGGAUCCACCCUCUCCUGAUAUCUUCAAAUCAAGGCUGGAUGCCUUUUUGGAAGAUAUGCUUUAACCAAAUAAGGUAUUAGACUCAGUACAGGCAUAGGUGGGUGAAAUUUAAUGGCCUGUAAUAUAAAGGUUGUCAGACUAGAUCAGUGGUUCCCAAACUGGGGUUUGUGAAAUGUAUCGGGGUUCUCAGAAAAAAAUUCUCUAAUGGCGGACAGACCCCAGGCGCUGACAGCCCAAGCCCCAUGAUUAUGACUUCCUGGCAGAACAAGUUUAAGCAUUGUUGUAGUUGUGCAUUGUUUGCCUGGACUGCUCAAGACCCGAAUGCUCGUGGGAGGAACUCUUUCUUUGAGUUGGCUUCUUAAAUACCUUCAUGCUGUUUCACAUCUGGUAUUCCUUGAUGAAACAUGUAGGAGGCUUAAUCAAAGUGAUAUGAGCUACAAAAUGAAAUCUUGAAGAGUGGUGCUGUUUUCAUAAUGUAAUAAAAUUAAUAAUGUAAUGGUAAAUAGUGUGUAAUAAUCAUGUCAUAAAAAACCAAAUUAUUUCCAAGAUCACUGCUUCUAUAAUUUAUGCUCACGUAAGGGAGAAUAUACCUGGAAAUAUUCAUUUUUAGGAGGGGGUUCGUGAGAUUUGAUAUUUUUGUAAAAAAGGUUUGUGGGUUGUUAAAAGUUUGGGAACAACUGGACUAGAGUAUCUAAUGGUCCCUUCUCACUGUAAGUUCUAUGAAUCUGAAAAAUAUUGGCCUUCAUUUAAAUGUUAGUUGUACAGUAGCAUUGACACCUAGCAAAACUACGUUAAUAAUGUUAAGAGUCUGGCUCAUACUCUGAUGGCUGGCUCUUAUUCAAUAUAUUCUAGCUUUCAGUUCGUUCUACCUCCAAGACAUUAUCAAAGGAUGCAUUUAGAAUUUGUCGCUGGAGAAUUUUUUCUUUGUUCUGUGGCAUGUAAUUAGAACAAUGGCCUGUUUGAUGUUAGUUUGGACAUUUUUGCCAUGAGUUAUCACAGGAGACAUUCCACCUUCAGCAUUUCUCUCUCAGUGAACUGCAUUCAUUUAAAAAAAAAAAAACUUUCCUCCCUUAUCGUUUCAUUUAGCAUUAUUUUGAGGAUUCUAAAAUAGUGGUAUAUGGCUCUGAGCUUGCCAAUGGAUGAAGAAGAUGAGAACGUGAAACUGCAGCAGAAACUUCUGUGCUGUUUUUCUCAUCAUAGGCACUCUUUUUGAUAACUGGAUGAAUUUGAGAUUGAUCUGGGGUUUGACACAAGCAUCAAAAUGGUUUCUAUUAUGUAAAUACUAUGCGGCACUAAACUGAUGGUCUGUGUGGGGGAUUUUUGUUUUGCAUAUGACUAGUGUGGGCCCCAAUCCUGCAAUUGUAGCCAUGCCAAGUGUAUCCCUGCCAGCAGCCCUAAUUGCAAUGGAGCACAGAGGUCUGCCUGGGAGAAGUAAUUUGCAGGAUCGAGGCCCUAAUAAACCAGUUACCUAUCUUUACUGGAUGGGUUACACUGGAAUGAAAGUGUCUUUUGUGACUAUAAUAAGCAUAAAUAAAACAUACACAUUUUUACUUUGUAA